CAUUUACACAAGAAAUGUGUUCAUAUAAAUCCAGUUAGUUUGAGAAGAAUACUCCUGAGUUUGUGUAAAUUUUAUGGACACUGCUAUUUUGCAUACCCUUGCAUCCAUAGACAUUGUUUGUUUUUAACCUCCACAAUAGAAACCCAUUUGAUUAUUUUAGAAGAUAAAUUGUCAAAUUUAAAGGCACAUUUUAAUAUUUUAUCCAACACUAUGGGGGAUGCAAACUUUUGUAUUCAUCGGAAUGUGUGUGUACAUCUGAAGCUAAAUAAUUUAAUAGCUUUUUUAAAUAUAAUGUUUCUAUUUAUUUUAUUAUUUCAUACGUAUAGGUUAAUUUUCGAAAAGUUUCUUAAAAAAAAAUUAAUUGUAAUGGCAAUCUAAAGAUAAAGUAGACUAUACUGUUUUAGUCUGUUUAGGCUGAUCGGUUGAUUUUUUUCCCCUAAUAAUUAUUUUAAUAUUUUUUUCUGUUUCAUGAAAACUGAAUUAAGAAAAAUACAUUCGAAAUAAAUAAAUAAAAGAACGCAUAUGCAAAAAAAAAUGGGCUCUUUAACUGAUUUCUCGUGCUAGGUUGUGGCUGAAUCCCAAACUGCUUUAUGUUGCACAUAAGUGCACUACAUAGGAUGCGGAAGCUAUUGUGACCGUACACACUACGUAGGAAGUGUGGAGGCAUUUGAUUGGUGGAGAUUGGCGGAUAUUUGCGCCUGACUUUUCGAACAGCGCAACUGCGCAUGUCAGCAGGGGUGUCCAUAGCAACACUGUGUCAUUACUUGAUGUCUAGCGUAGCAUGAAUCAGAACAAACCGGAGCUUCUUUUACGGCGUAUUUUUGAACUGAAAUGUUAUAUUGGGUAAAUUUAGUGAUUAGUGAUUAGUCCAGCCUUAAAGUAUAAGCUUUAAAGUUCGUUCUCAUGGCUGAAAAGAGGCGCUCGGGGGUCGCUGCGGAGCCCAAAUCAGCCAAAGCCGAGAGCGACGAGGAGUUUCUGUCUCAGGCCGGAGUGGACGCGCUGCUCCGCAGCACGCUGCUGAAACUAGUGGAGGCCCGACCGGAGGAUCCGAUAGGAUUUCUGGCUGAACAUUUCACUAUCGAGGCCUCGGAGACUGAGAGCGGUGGAGGAGGAGAUGGAGAAGGGAAAUAUCAGGACGCGCUGGAGGACCAGCAGCUGAACAAGGCGCUCUGGCAUCUGAGCUUAGCGCAUCACUCUCAGAGAUCUGCCUUCAACAGCAACAUCCGUGUGGCUUAUGAUCUGCUUAGCCAGUGUGGCUCCACCCGGAGCAUACCUGGUGGAGUCCAGGGUCGACUCUACACUGAGAUGCUGCGGUGUGUGUGUAGUGACAGUGGCCUGUCGGAGGCAGCAGCUGCCCCACUCCUGCGCCGCCUGCGGUGCCAUGAUUAUGAGGCUGUGCCCUUUGAGCUCUUCCGGCAGGCGGUGCUGAUGUGCUCGGCGUUCUCCGAGUAUGUACGCAGAGCAAGGUGCCUGUACACUGCCGUGGCGUGCCAUCCUGAGCGGCCUGCGGAGCGGGAAUUAUGUGUUGCUGUCCUCAACGCUCUGCGAGAGGCACUGGACACCUCACAUGGGCCUGAUGCUACACGUUACCUAGAGGCCAGUGCCAAGAUCUCACCUGCUGAGCUGGCACGGGCCAUGGCCGAAACACGAGGUGCCAGCAGGGAGCAGGAAGGGCAGAGCAUGGACAUGCAUGAGUUUGAGGACGCCGCCGCUGCACUCUUUAUAGCUAGAGUGCGAGUGGUAAACUGAGUUAGAAUGCAGAUAAAGACAUCUGUUAUUAGGACUGAAGUAUUGCCAAUGAGCUAGUUAAUAACUAGUGCAUUUGGACUGAAUGUUCUGACAUCAGAACAUAUGAGUAACUCCUCACGUCUCCAGAUUUGUCGAUGAGAGAGGUCAGAGGAGAAUGGCCAGACUGGUUUGAGCUGACAGGAAGGCUACGGUAAAUCAAAUAACCACUAUUUACAACCGUGGUGAGCACUAAAGCAUCUCAGAACUCACAUAGAACUGUGAUGAGCUACAACAGCAGACCACAUCAGGUUCCACUUCUGUCAACUAAGAAUAGGAAUCUGGGACUACAGUGGCAAAGAAUUGCUGAAACUGGACAACUGAAAAAAAUGGUAGCCUUCCUAUCUGGCCAUUCUCCUCUGACCUCUCAUCAACAAACACGUUGAACUGCUGCUCACUGGAUGUUUUUUUGUGUGAAAGAUCAUGAAUCACCUUCUGACCAGUCAUAUUGAGCAGCUCAACAACACUGUGGUAUAACAGUUAACACGAGUCUUCAUGCAACUGUCAACCAUAAAUCCAGAAUUAUUUCAACUUGGUUGAAUAAUCAGUCCCUCCAGGAUCUCGUGAUUUUGCGAGCGUGUAAAUAAAUGCAAAAUCAAGCAAACUCCACAGUAUUCGGAGGAGCUUGCAAUUUUUCCAAAAUACCGCAGAUUUUGGCCAAGUCUCAUCAUGUGACAUCAUCACAAUGCGGCAUGUGAUGUAAUCACAACAUGCAUUCAGUCAAAGCCCCCUUCGAUUCACAUGCUUCUAACAUGAGUACAGCUAAAAGGUCUCAUUUACCAACAAAUAUCACUGCAAAAAACCGUGCAAAACAAUUUUGUACAAUUGCAGUUUCGCCAAUUCAAGUAGUUUUCUGCAACAAAAAAAGGACAACAACUCAAAUCACAUCAUAAAUUUUGAAAAAAAAUCUAAAAUUUUUGGCCACAGCAAUCACACAAAACUCCUAUUCCAGACUGAAUAAUAUAUACAGGUGCAUCUUGAAAAAUGAGAAUAUAGUAGAAAAUAAUUUUUUUUUCAAUAAUUUAAUUCUAAAAGUGGAACUUUCAUGUAUUCUAGAUUCAUUACACAUAAAGUGAAAUAUUUCAAGCUUUUUUUGUUGAUGAUUACAGCUUACAGCUCAUGGAAAUCAAAAAUCCAGUAUCUCAAAAUAUUCAAAUAAAGAUUUCCAAAUGAAAUUGAUUGUGGUUGUGUGUACUGAACCAGACCGAGAGAUUAAAGGCUCAGGAAACCAUUGCAGGUGUUUUGAGUUAAUUAGCUGAUUACAGCUCUUCUCAAGUUGACAUUUCUGUAUUAUAAAUUCUUUAUUCGAAUAUUUUGAGAUGUUUUGGAAAAAUUCCUCUGGUCGGUGAUAAAUUUAUGCUUAUAUUCAUUUAGCUAAUGCAGUGAAUUUAUUUUUUUAUGUUAAUAUGUUCUUUUCAAUAAAAGACUCAAAAACUUUG